CCCAAUUUAGAGAGAGAGAGAGGAUCAAUAUAUAUUGCUAAAAAAUGUUAUACUAGAACCUAGUUUAUUAACACCACCUGCGCUAUGUUUGGUUGGCGAAAUGGGAAGUCUAAACACUUAUCUAAGGCCAUGUCUAUUGUGGAACUUUUGGUGCAUAUGGAUUGCGAAGGAUGCGAAAAAAGGAUAAGAAAAGCAAUUUCAAAAAUGGAGGGUGUGGAUAGCUUGGAAAUAAACAUGGAUACACAAAAGGUGACGGUGACGGGGUAUGUAGAUCAAAGGAAGGUGUUAAAGGUUGUGAGAAGAACAGGGAGGAGGGCUGAAUUUUGGCCCUUCCCAUACGACAGCGAAUACUAUCCGUACGCAUCUCAAUACUUUGACGAGUCUACGUAUUCGUCUUCCUACAACUACUACAUGCAUGGCUAUAACGAAAGCGUGCACGGAUACUUCCCCGACCAGUUAUACUCAACCGUUGCUGAUAAUACUGUACAUCUCUUUAGUGACGACAAUGUUCAUGCCUACUGCACUCUUAUGUGAUCAAACAAUAAGAAGCCAUAUGUACAGUUUGUUGGAAACCAAAAGAAAACUCCCCAGACGAUGAGCCUGGAGAGAUCUUUUUUUUUUGUUUGAAAGCCACAAACGGGUGCUCCUGUGGUGGGAAUGCAAGUAUUAAUCAGAUGGACGACCUUUUCAAAUUGUUUGGGAGCAUUUAAUUAACAAUAUAAAACUAAGAGCAUUUAAUUAA